UUAUCACAAACGCAUUUCCCUCUACCCCUUCUUAGUCCUUUUCCUCAAAGAGGGGCUAUCAUAAUUUUCUCUCAUCAUCCCAAACAAACCCAAGAGAGAGAGAAAGGAAGAAAAGAGUAUAAUAAACACAUAAUAUAUCUCUUUAAACUCUUGACCCCCUUCUCUUGGAGCUAGGCAUGGCUUUCCCUUUCCCAAUCCUUUUCCUUCUCUUCCUUUCCCUCACCCCCUCCUUCUCCUCCGCAACGCUCAACGUCGAUUACUACAAAAAAUCAUGUCCACUCUUCGAAAAAAUCGUUAUGGAAAACGUCUUCCACAAACAAAGCACAAGCGUGGCCACAGCACCGGGUCUCCUACGUCUCUUCUUCCAUGAUUGCAUCACCGAUGGCUGCGACGCUUCGAUCCUCAUCACUUCCAACUCAUACAACCCUCAUGCAGAACGUGAUGCAGACCUCAAUCUUUCUCUGGCAGGUGAUGCCUUUGACAUCAUAUUUAGAAUAAAAAACGCAUUGGAACUUGCAUGCCCCGGUGUGGUGUCGUGUUCCGACAUCGUGGCACAGGCAACAAGAGACCUUGUUAAGAUGGUUGGUGGUCCUUAUUACCCUGUGAGAUUGGGGAGAAAGGAUAGCACUGAAUCAGUUGCUGCAAGAGUGAGUGCUAGCCUUCCAACACCAGACAUGACCAUGGACCAGUUGCUUGAGAAGUUCACCUCAAAGGGUUUCACUGUUAAGGAAAUGGUGGCUUUGAGUGGGGCACACACCAUUGGUUUCGCACACUGCAAGGAGUUCAUAAACAGGAUCUACAACUUCAGCAAAACCUCUGAUGCUGACCCUUUGAUGCACCCUAAGCUGGUUAAAGGGUUGAGGGUUGUGUGCCAAAACUUCACCAAGGACAUCUCAAUGGCUGCAUUCAAUGAUGUUAGGUCACCAGGGAAGUUUGACAAUGUUUAUUACCAAAAUGUCAUGAAGGGCUUGGGGUUAUUGACCUCUGACUCCAUUCUUGCUGUUGACCCAAGGACAAAACCUAUUGUGGAGCUCUAUGCUAAUGAUCAGCAAGCUUUCUUCAAGGACUUUGCUGCUGCCAUGGAGAAGCUCUCUGUGUUUAGAGUGAAAACUGGCAACAAAGGAGAGGUCAGGAACAGGUGUGACCAGUUCAACCAUAUUCCCGUCUAAAAACACACAAAUCAAUCAGUUCAACCAUAGAAAGAUUAGCUAAGAUUGUAUAAAAAGUCUCCGAUCAUCUGAUAAUUUCUUUAGAUUUUGCAUGUGUAUCUAGAGAGCCAUGGGUAUACAUUGUCAUUUGAAUCCUUGUCAAAAGAAAAUUGUCAUUUGAAUUUUUUUU